CUGAAAUCUCCACGGUGAUAAAGUCUCCAGCCAAUAGCCCUGAGAAGCAUAAAACACAGCGCACACACACACACACACACAUACACGCAUACACACACUCUCACACACACUCUCUCAGCUGCAGCAUGCUUGCACACACUCUCUAACAUAUGCCGCUCCAGCAGUAAAGGCGUUAACAGUGGAAGAGGCAAUGGACAGACAAGCCAGCAUGUCCACUGAGUCCAUUACAGACUUAAGGGGCCCUGCAGAAUGCUGGAUGUCGUACGGUCAUACAUGUCCGGAGCAUACAAUAUGGAACCCAAAGUUCUGCGUGGUUGCAGAUGGUCAGAUGCUGAUCCUGGAUCAAGAAGAGGUUCAUCCCUUUCUUCUGCAGGAGAGAAGGGCUGAUACAUGCAAAGUGCGCUUACUCAGACGCACCAUCAGUGUUCCUGUGGAGUCACAAUUCCCAAUAUUUCAUACUCAGAUGUCCACAGAGAGUGGUGAGUCUUAGACAACACUGUACAGCUAGAAUCUUCAAUUAGCAUCCAACGUGCCGGAUAGGACCCAUGAGAAAGGUCUCUCUGGGCUUUAUACAGCCGUUAACAUACUGUAUUUCCACAGUUAUUUUAAGGUAAAGUAGAAUAUAUAAAAAGUAAAGCACUAAACAAUGUUUUAUCAUCAAUAUAUUUUGAAAUGUGUACCUGCCUACAGGGAAUAUAAUAACUGAAAACAGCAGGCUUGGUUCAGAGUGCUUUGAGGAGGCAAUCUCAGCUGUGAUUUUUAAUGACUUAUUAUAAACACCAGGAGUAAUUUAGCAUUCAGAGUUCAGCAAAGGCCUGAAUCUCCCUUAUGUGUCUCGUUUGAUGUACUUGUAUGUUGUUUUAUAUAAAACACGGUUGUGUUACAUUAAGAGAAGCUCUAAUUUAAAACUUGUCAUAUUCACUUUGGCCACCCGGGGGCGUGCUUGCUUCACUAUUCUUUUCUCACACUGGUUGAUGCAUUUCAACCUGCAAUUUUUCAUUUGUAAUAUUGAUCAUUUUCUUAUUUUGCAUCAAAUUAUAAAAUGCUAAUCGUUUUUUUCUGAACUAUGUAAUCUGAAUGUAGUGUUUUUAAAUGUGCACUUUUGGUUAAUCAUUAAGGUGAAAGAAAAACUCUAGGAACUUAAGGAAUUCUUUGCUUUUCCACUGGGAUGCACUUUAUGAAUAUUGGCCAUAUGUGUUUCAUGUUUGCACCUGAUUCUUAUGAAUGUUGACAAGGCAACUAUAUAUACUAUACAUGCCAGUUUAAAAAUCAGAAAAAAAUCUUUACAUAGUGUAGGUUCUUUACAUUUCAAAA